AAACUUUUGGGAAGAGCCAAAGAACGUGUUCCCGUUUUGUGAGCUCUCUCUCUCUCUCUCUCCCUGUUACACUUCGCGCCUGUCUAUCGUUUCUUCCUAGGGAUUUAUAGCAGGAGGUACAGCUGGAGUUGUAGUCGAAACAGCUUUAUACCCAAUUGAUACAAUUAAGACAAGACUUCAGGCAGCUCGUGGAGGUGGGAAAAUUGUUUUGAAGGGUCUUUAUUCAGGAUUAGCUGGAAAUAUCGCUGGUGUCUUACCGGCUUCUGCUUUAUUUGUUGGAGUUUACGAACCCACAAAGCAGAAACUACUGAAGACUUUCCCUGAUCAUUUAAGCGCAGUUGCUCACCUGACUGCAGGGGCCAUUGGUGGACUUGCUGCCUCUCUUAUUCGUGUACCUACAGAGGUUGUGAAGCAAAGAAUGCAGACCGGACAGUUUACAUCAGCCCCCAAUGCUGUUAGACUUAUUGCAUCACAAGAGGGAUUUAAGGGUCUAUAUGCAGGAUAUCGGUCCUUCCUUUUGCGAGAUUUGCCCUUUGAUGCUAUACAAUUCUGCAUAUAUGAGCAGAUCUGCUUGGGUUAUAAAAAAGCAGCGCGUAGAGAGCUUAGUGAUCCUGAGAACGCUCUCAUUGGCGCAUUUGCUGGUGCUCUGACAGGAGCAGUCACCACUCCGCUUGAUGUUAUUAAGACAAGAUUAAUGGUUCAGGGAUCAGCCAAACAAUAUCAAGGAAUAGUUGACUGUGUUCAAACAAUUGUAAGAGAGGAAGGAGCUCCUGCACUGUUAAAGGGUAUUGGGCCAAGAGUGUUGUGGAUAGGUAUUGGAGGUUCAAUCUUCUUUGGUGUCCUGGAGAGCACUAAGAGAACACUUGCACAGAGACGUCCCAAGACGGUUAAAGAAUCCAAGGAGGAAUAAUUUUCUGGCAGCACACAAGAAAAUGGUUGGAAGGUGUUUAAUGUUUUUCACAUUUCAACCCCUUUGUGAGUUUUGUGUGAUCAGAGUUUGUCAAUUUACCAAUGAUCAAUUCAACUUUCAUUAAUAAUAAAGUAGUGCCUGGUUUCAGAUUU